CCAAAAGCUAACACUAACAUCAUCAUAGAAACUCUGGUAGAUUCUGUCUCUGCAUGUCUUUUUCUUUCUCUGCGUUUAAUGUCCGCUACAUGAACCACAUUGAUACUACACAAACCACACAAAACAAAACCAAAUAGUUACAAAUAAUGGCACCUUUUAUAUUGACAGUGUCACAAGAUGGAACAGGAAACUACAGAACAGUACAGGAAGCCAUUGAUGCAGUUCCAUUUGGAAACACUCGCCGGACGGUGAUAAAGGUGUCGCCGGGAAUAUACCGGCAACCACUUUACGUGGCAAAGACUAAAAACUUCAUCACUUUUGUUGGUUUGUGUCCUGAGGAUACUGUUCUCACGUGGAAUAACACUGCCAACAAAAUUGAUCACCACCAAGGUUCUAAGGUGAUAGGGAAUGGAACCUUUGCAUGUGGUAGUACCAUUGUGGAAGGGGAGGACUUCAUUGCUGAGAAUAUUACGUUUGAGAAUUCUUCUCCUGAGGGUUCAGGACAAGCAGUGGCAGUUAGAGUAUCAGCAGAUCGAUGUGCAUUCUAUAAUUGCAGGUUCCUUGGAUGGCAGGACACACUGUAUCUACAUUCUGGCAAACAAUAUUUGAGAGAUUGUUAUAUUGAAGGAAGUGUGGACUUCAUUUUUGGUAAUAGCACUGCACUCUUGGAGCAUUGUCAUAUUCACUGCAAGUCACCAGGGUUCAUAACUGCACAGAGCAGAAAAUCUCAACAUGAAAAAACUGGUUAUGUAUUCCUAAGGUGUGUUAUCACAGGCAAUGGGGGAACUUCAUAUGCAUAUCUUGGAAGGCCAUGGGGACCUUAUGGAAGAGUGGUCUUUGCAUUUACUUAUAUGGAUCAAUGUAUAAAGCCUGCUGGUUGGAAUAAUUGGGGGAAAGUUGAGAAUGAAAGAACUGCUUGCUUCUAUGAAUAUAGGUGUUUUGGAGCAGGUUUUUGUCCAUCCAAAAGGGUGAAAUGGGCGAGAGUGUUAAAGGAUAAAGAAGCUGAACAGUUUCUCAUGCAUAGCUUCAUUGAUCCUGAACCACAAAGACCUUGGCUUGAUCAAAGAUUGGCCUUAAGAAUUCCAUAUUCUGCUUAGAAAAAAGGGAUGCACUUGAAACAUCAAUGUGAUAAAGUAUAAAACUAAAAUAAAACACAAAUCUUAAAAAGAUUUUAUGUUUUCAAAGCAAGCAUCAGUGAAUAUAAUAAAAUGUUAUUAUUGUAAUAUUUUUUAUUUUCAUAUGUAUCUGUAUAAAUGAAGUGUGAAUUGCAGCAUUGGUACCUUGGUUAUUUUUUUCUA